AUGCAGCUGCCAGCAGAACGAGGGCCAGGGGCUGUUGCGGACACACCCAACGGCCCAACUGAGCGUACUAGGGCAUGGGCGAUUUUCCUGUGCCGCGACAUCUGGACCACGGCAUUUAUGUGGUUCAUCAAUGACUCGAGACACUGAUAUGAAUCCAACUUCGCCAUGGACUUUUGGUUGCGCCUCCUAGCACAUACGCCGCUAUCGUCUGCAAGCUCCCGCAAGGACUUCGCAAAAGAUCCGACCCGCCGCCUGUACCGCUUCGAGAAAGAGUAUACUCAGCUCCUGCACGCAUGGCGGACCUCUUCCAACCUAGCCCAAGACGACGAGGCCGCAGAAUACAUCGAGAUUCGCCUUCAAGAGCUUACGAGUCUUCUCAGCGAUGAGUCUCGCCGUCCACUCCCCCAUCCAUGCAUCGCGUUUGCUGCCGCUAAACAGGUUUACAUCCCCGUUGCAAAGAUUGCCACCAGCUCUUUCAAUCAAUGGGUUAUCAAAGAGGCCGUGCUGUUCUUUGCAACGCUUGUGGAGAGUGAAGAGGAGGCAUUCGUUGAGAACGACCAUUUCUCGGCCAGCUUGACAAACCUCCUUAUUCGUAUCACAGGCCCCAAUAGCAUCCGCCUCGGCCAUGAUACCGAAGCUCGGGUUGUUGAACUGGCUUUCAACAUCACGACUAAGAUACGCCUCAAUCCGGAGAUUCUUCCUGCCUGGUUCAAGCCGCACAGGCACGGAUCCCCGGACGCCAGACUGUUAGACGACCGCGAGAAGUUCGCUGGCCGGACACAGAAGCAGGACUUCCCCCUGUUCUACCUUCUCGUCGAUUACAUCCACCAUGAAGGUAAAAUCGGCGAUUUUGCCAGGACUGGCCUGCUGUAUAUUGUCGAGGCUGCGUCGACAUCCGUGUCUCUGGAACAGUGGAUUGUAGAAAGCGACCUGGCCACCAUCAUGGCCACUGGCCUGGGUGCCUUAUACAGUCAGCUGAGUCGAAAACUCGUCAUCGACCACCCAGCCAACGAGCUUCCUCCUGUUCUUGCUUUCUCCGACUACCAGCAUCCCAAGACGAGCUACGAGGUUACCAGUUCCUGUUCCUUUGAAUUCCAGACACACUUAGACACAUUUCUCUCCCACCUGCUCUUCUGGCAAGAUGUCCUGAACCAUUGUCGCUCGGUCGAAGUCAAGUCCACACUACUGGAGCAUUUUCAAGUCAUAUUUUUGCAGCAGUUGCUAUAUCCCUCAUUACUCGAAUCCUCCGACAUCGAUGGCGGCUCGUCAGUAGCCGUUCUGACCUAUCUUCGCAGAAUUUUAGAGUCAGUUGAUCAUCCCGAUAUGGUGAACCUGAUCCUCCACUAUCUGCUCGGUCUACCGGAUAUUGUAAAUUCCGUGAACUCCGAGUCCAAGGAUAGCGUGAGUGCUGCCAGGAAACGCAAGUCGCUGGACCUUGCAACCAUGAUGGCAUCUAAAGGAGGCUCAACAGCAGACCCGCUGUUGUUUAACCUCGUGGAUUUAAUCCUUUCUUGUCUUCGUUCGCAGAACAACCAAACUGUCUACGUCACGCUCCAACUAGUAUCGGUGAUCCUUAAGAGGCACCAUCGAUACGCUGUCAUCACUCUCCUUUAUACGGAAGGUGUGCUAGAUGAAACCCUCAACCGAACAUCAGGCGCCCACCAGCAGGAAGUUGAGUACUUCAUGACGUUAGCUGGAACCAUUGGCGGUAUGGAUAACUUUGAAGAAAUGUACGACAACAUCUUGAAGGAUAUUAUGGUGCGGUUGGAGAACCACCCCUGCUCCAUCAAGCUUAUCACGCCAAAAACUUCAACCUACAACCACAAACUGCCACCCAUUCCAGACACACACCCCGGGGCCCCACGAGAUGUUCGCUCUCACACAUUGCAUCCAAGCGAUCCCUUACUUAACAUUGUCCUCGACCGCCUUGAGACCUUUUUUGUGAAUCCUGUCGAGAUCAAUCUCGCUCUAACUGACGCUAUCAUCGACUUGGCUUCCUGUGGAUAUAUGCAUCUUGAAGGGUGGUUCCUGCGGCAUCCUCAAAACUACGUCUAUGAGGAAGAUGAUACUAGCCCUCCUCUUCCAGAUCCUCCUCUCGAUCCGGACUCUCAGGAAUACAUUGAGUACAAGCAGCUUCAGUUGCCGCCUACCGGAGAACAGUUCCUCGUUUUGAUGACCUUCUUCAGCAACGUCGAGAAGCGUUUCAGAUCGCGGAUUGUGACUUCCGCCGCAGAAGCUCGUGGCAGACAACAAGUUGAGCCAGUUGUCCUGAACUUUGACCGCUUUGGAGCCUCACAUGCUUCUCAUGAGGAAUUCUCCAACACUGAUGAAGAGGAUAAAGGCGAAGAUGGGGCAGGUGCAGACGCGUUACUCGCCCCAUCCGAAGAUGAGCAGCCGGACAACGAACCAAGGGGUUCCAACACUUCCCAAGGGGAAGAUAACGCUGAGGGAGAGGGAGAAGAGAAGACAGCGACCGUCUCACACAUCUUGACAAAUGUUAUUAUCCUGCAAUCAUUUUUAUUUGAGCUAGCAGGCUUGGUGCAAGUGAGGGCAGGACUCUUUGAAGAGGUUCGCUUUGCAUGA